AUGAAUGAACUCGUCAAAACACUCGGUCCCCUCGUCGCGAAAGAAGUUGGCCCAAUCAUCGCAAAGGAAGGGGUCAAUUACAUCUCUCAGAAAACCAACUCUCCAUCACACGAUCUUGCAUCAGCAGCUAGCGCAAAUGACCUUGCGACUAUCGACUCAAUUCUCGCUAAAGAUGCUUCAAUAAAUCGUACCCCAGCUUUAGUUGCUGCAGCUGCAAAGGGCCGCUUGAAUGUCCUCGAUAUACUCUUAAACACACCACCGCCAUCAGACUCACGUUCCCGGCGUCAUCAUACCAAAGAUGGAGAAACCACUCUACAGUUCCGAAAGCGAUAUCUCGACAAUUGGGCUGAUGGAACGACGCCUCUACAAGCAGCUGUAACGAACGACCAUCGAAAAACGGCCAAGUUAUUGCUGGAAGCUGGAGCGUAUCCGGAUAUCUGUAUCAAAGGUCGCGAUACACCUUUGAUGUCUGCUGCGAAAACAGGGAAGCUAGAUAUUGUGAGGCUCUUAUUGUCAUUCGACGCAGACGUGGAUCACAGAGAUGCAGCGGGCGAUACGGCACUUAUCAUCGCUGCUCGGACAGGCCAUGCAAAUACCGGUAACUGUCUUUUACAGAACGGAGCUGAUAUCGAAGUCAGGAAUGUCAAAGGCGGCACACCCUUGUUGGUUGCAUCACGACAUUGUCACCUUGAUAUGAUCAAAAUGUUGCUGAAGAGAGGAGCGGAUAUUGAUGCAAGCGAUAAGCGAGGAUUAGGGGUGCUGCAUCGAGCUAUUGAGGGUGUGUAUCUGAUGGGACGGAUUAAUUUGAGUUUGAAAGAGAGGACGUUGAGGAUGUUGCUGGAUGCGGGAGCGGAUACCAGGAUGCGAGAUCUGCAAGGGAAGACUCCGGCUCAGAAGGCCGGAUGGAAAGAGGGAGGUUCGAGGCUCAGGAAGUUGUUGGAUGGUGAUCUGGCGAGCUCGCCACGUACUUCAACGCAUGGUUCCGUUCAAGGGAGAGGUGAAAGACGACGGCAUGAUGAUAAGCCGUAUGAAAGGUCGAAUACGUAUUGAGAGUUUGUACUAUUAUGUCAGAGUAGGUCUUUUUUGAUAGAUCAUAAUAAGAUACUAACAUUACCCGAGAGAGUCUUCUAUAUGGCUUUCGUCCAUGGUGCUUUGAAGAACUAAAUAGAUGUGGGAAGAGGGAGUAAGUAUAUCUAGUCACUUAACCUUACGUUGGUCACGAGGAUAUUCUUAGUCAACCCACUUACAUACUCACUAGCACACUGAACCAAAUAGGUGCAAGCCGUUCCUCGUAGCCAUUCUUUUAUACUAUACCAAUAACGUUAGCUCAAUUUCUUAUUAUUUGUUCUCAAAAUGGAAAUACCUUUUCAAAUACAGUACGACGCAGGACAACUGCUGCGCCACUUUCCAUCGUGCUGUACAAGUAAGCACAGCAAGCACUGCCACAUUAACAGGUUGUUAAUAACGACCCACGAACCCUCCAAGCUCUGUUCAAAUCCACACUAGUCUCACUAUCGGCAAUGGAGAGUCAAAGUUUCGUCCACCAGCCUCUGAACCAAAAUACCGAUGAGAUACGACUCCUCAAUAUCCUACCCUCAGAAGACCCAACAUCGGCGAUCGAAUGUCAGAUUUUGCAUGUAAGACUUUCACAGAAACCGCUAUAUGAAGCUCUAUCAUACACGUGGGGUGAAGAAGAUGAAUCAGAGCAUAUUUUCAUACAAGAAAAGAAGUAUCGUGGCAGGGAGAAUCUUUCGUUUGCCGUCAAGCAAUUACGGUUGAAAGAUACCAUGAGGGAUCUAUGGAAUAAAGCUCCCUGGUACGCGUGGGGUGAAGGGAAUGAAUCAGAGUACCUCUCGAUACGAGGAAAGAAAUAUGGAGUCAGAGAGAACCUUUGGUUGGCCCUCAAACAAUUGCGACUGGAACGUACCACGAGGUGUCUAUGGAUCGAUGCGAUUUGUAUCAAUCAGACAAAUACUGCAGAACGUAAUCACCAGGUCGACCAAAUGAGUCUCAUAUUUAGCCAAGCUGUGAGAGUGGUAGUUUGGCUCGGUAGCUCGACCGAGGAAAGCGACGAUACUCUUUCGUUCAUUGCUCGGGUUAAUGUGGGAUUAGAAUUUGACGAUUACCCCAACCAACAGUUUUCGGACCAUUGGGAAAAUUUUAUUGGCUUGUGCAAACGACCCUAUUGGACUCGACUUUGGAUCAUCCAGGAAGUGGCACUCGCUAUCCGAAUCGUUCUUUGCUGUGGGUCCUUGGAAGUCGAUUGGGGUCAUUUCAUCAGCGUCGAUCACAUGGUACGACUAUGGAUAGCCCGCAAGCGGCUCGACAACGAGUACAUGCCGGUGCUUAGGACUGGAACAAUUCCACAGCGUUUGUCAAAGAUUCGCCUUUUGGAUGGGCCGGAAUUACCAUCUUAUGAAAGGGAUCCUCAUCUUCUCGACCUACUUUUCGAGUUUAAUGAAUCACAAUGCAAGGAUAUUAAGGACCGGAUUUUUGGUCUACUUUCUCUUGCAAGCAAAUAUUGUCGGGACUCAAUGCCUGUCGAUUACUCCAAAAGUCCCUUUGAUGUCUGCCAAAGCGCUCUCAGACAUCAUCUCCAAUAUCAUUGUCCCGAAGAAGACACCGCAGCUUCUAUGAAGUUAGCUUAUUCAGCCAACUCUGUACUCCAAGAGGAGGAUUCGACUUUCCGCCAGGCAAGAGUCAUCUACACAAUUCCAUUCUCAACCACUUUACCAGAGUACAAACGUCCCACUUCCGCCUUCAAAAGUCCUUUCAUGCAGGAAGUAUAUCUCAAAUUCUCUCUAGUGUACAUGGGAUCUCUGGCAACAAAUGGAAAUCCAGGAGACAUCGAGACUGCGUAUCGUAUGGGACAAGUUUGGAAAGAAGUGAAGGAUUGGGAUAUUCAAAUUUUCAUACAUCGUUUGCUCUGCUGGUACUAUGGAUCUCCAACUAGAGAUGGGAAGCCGCCAACAUGGUCUAAGAAAGACACAGGCAAUCUUCAGAUUACUCUAGAUGAGAAUGGCUUCAUGGCAAUCACGAAUACCAAUAUCCACAUUGGAGCACGCUUAUUUGAUGAAUGGAAUGAGAAACCUCAGUCCCAGUUCCUUGUGGAUAAGGAUUCUAUUGAGGAUUUGAGUUACCUCUUUUUAUGCAACAGUAAAUUCCGUCAUACUACUUGA